UACCCUGUUGCCUGAGUCCAGGCCGCCAGAGCCCCUUCAGGAAGGUCUGGAGCAGGAGCUAAGGAGUUAGAAGGUAUUCCAGGACCAGUGAAAGAUAACAUCAAGAUGCCGAAGACUGAGGAAACUGUGUUCCAGAAUGAUCCCAGUGUAGCAGAGAAUGGGGCCCCUGAGCCUAAAACACCAGGGCAGAGCCAGAAAAGCAAGAGUUUCUGUUUACAUGACCAGUGUCCUGAGAGCAGACCUGAUGUCUUUUCUGUCACAGAUCUGAUAGAGACAGUUAAUGAAGUUUCCAAGCUGAGCAUCGCACAUGAAAUCGUAGUAAACCAAGAUUUCUAUGUGGAAGAGACCAUUUUACCUUCAAACAGUGUAGAAGGCAGGUUUGCGGAGGCAAUGUACAAUGCUUUUUGGAACCAUCUGGAGGAACAACUAUUGAGUACUCCUCCUGACUUCACCUGUGCUCUUGAACUUCUAAAAGAUGUUAAGGAGACCUUGCUAUCACUGCUAUUACCAUGGCAGAACCGCCUAAGAAAUGAGAUAGAAGAAGCUCUGGACACAGAUCUCCUCAAGCAGGAAGCAGAACAUGGAGCCCUGGAUGUCCCUCAUCUUUCUAACUACAUUCUCAAUUUGAUGACUCUGCUAUGUGCACCAGUUCGAGACGAAGCGAUACAGAAACUAGAGGCCAUAACAGAUCCAGUACAGUUACUGAGGUGA